AUGGACAUACCACAAGAGGACAGAAAUCCCAAUUCUGAAGUGUUAUAUACAGUUGACAUUGACACACAAAAAGUCAAUAUUGUGGUAGAUAACGAUACAACUGGGAAAAUAGAUAUGGCUAAUGAGCCACCGGUCACAAAUGGUACAGAAGGUGUUAAGCCUACAGAUUUUGAGCCGAAUAAUAAGUACUUGUAUGAUGACCCUGUUGAUAUUGAACCAAUAGAUAUAACAGAUGAUGAUACCGGUGAUGUUGAUAAUAUUGUUAACACUGCUGACAAUGUAGAUGUUUUUGAAGUUGAUGAAUGGAUAUUGGAUACUCAGCAAGAACAGGUUGAGAACAAAGGUGAAGAGAACGAAGCAGACAAAAGCUCAACUAAGCAACCAGUGAAUGCACAGUCAAGAGAGACUCAGACUACACCAAUCAAUGUAAGUGCAGUUGCAAAUGUAAAUAUUACUACUGAGGAUAAUCAAAAGGAUUCAAAUGAUAAGGAAGAGGAAGCAUCGGUGAAAGAACAAACUGUUGAAAAUCCACAACCGGUCAAAGACACAACUAAGGAAGAGGAGAUUGAAAAAUAA